AUGUCUUUAAGAAUCGUCCCCAGCGAAGACAGACCAACAGAUGCCAAGAACACGAACUUCGGCCCAGCGGCACCAUCUGCACCAGGUUUAAUUGACACACUGAGAACAGGAAAGCCACCCAUUUCAAUCAGUUCAAAGGUUAAUGACAUACAUCCACUAGAGAACAGGCUUAAAAACUGGGAUGCCACACAGAGGCAGACGCAACUUGAGACCUACAGAAGGUUGUUUGGUGCUGCUGCUCCAAUUAAAAGAGAGCUCGAACUUGACAUAGUGAAAAAGACCGAUUUUAGGCCUGAGAUACUUGGAAACGGUGCAAUCCCAAGUCCAGGACAGGAUAUUCUGCUCAAUAAGGAGACCACUGUGGAGUGGGAGGAUAUAUAUGGAGACUUCGAUGACUCAAGACCCACGGAUUUCCACACCGAGAUGGAGAAGCAGAUGGAUGCACCACGGCAACCAGCAGAUGAGGAGUACAGGAACAGGAGAAAGCUGACGCUGCAGGAGCUCUUCACAGUGUACAGUUCGAUGGCUGAAGGACACAAGUUUGCUCCUCCGAGGGACAAGGCUAACUUCUUGUCCCCGGAGCCGCAGACGCCGCUCCACGUGGAGGUACUCGCGCGGCAGGAGCAGCAGCGGCAAUCUGCCGACGCCCUUGCGUCGAAAUUGGCCGGGCUGGCUCUGAGGGGCCGGCCGGAGGCCGAUCCUGGGGCCGGGUUGCCCCAAGAGGCUCCACGGGGGUCGCCGGACUCACAGGGGCCACAGGGGGAGCCGCAGGUCCUACCAGGCCCACCUGGGAUUGGGCUGCAGCAGGCUCAGGUGCAGCCGCAGCAGCAUCCCCAGUUUUUGGAGCCCUCGCAGAUCCAAUGGUACUACUUGGAUCCACAGGGGACUCAACAGGGCCCAUUCGACGGCCUCACGAUGCAGCAAUGGUACACGCAAAAGUACUUGGCACCGGAUUUGCGAAUCAGGAGGGACGGGCAGACUGAGUACAAGCCGUUGGGCGAUUUCGUGUCGUUCAUAGGCGAGUACCAGUUCCCAUUCUCGGUGCCGUUGCUGCCGAUCCAGAGGCGGCCAGCGGCAGGGCCGCAGUUUGGCGCGUCUUUGGGUGCAAGGGCAUCGUCCACGAGUAGCCUCGGGGCCCAGAACACCCCGAGAAGUCGACCCGGCACGCCGCUCUCGGGUUCGGCCGGGUUCUCUGCGUUUGGCGGGAAUCCUGGUUGGGCCGUGGGCACCAGUGGCUCAUUUUUGGGCUCUGGGCUGCAGGGCUCGCUUGGCGGGUCGCUGGCGUUGGGCGGUGGGCUGUACGGGCAGCCGGCGUAUCUGCCGGGAGGUCUGCAGGGGGGCCUGCAUGAUGGCCUCUUUGCCGGGCAGGAGGGCGAGAGUGUAGAGCGGGCAAUUGUUCGGGCGGAGCAGGCCGCUGGGGAUGAGAAGGAGGAGAAAAAGGAGAAAAAUAGGGAUGAGAAGAGUGUCAAUGUUCAGGAUAAGGAGGAAGAAAAUGACGAGACGAAUGUGAAGAAUGUGAAGAAUGAAAAGAGUGAAAAGAAUGUGAAGAAUGAAAUUAAUGAAAGGAACGAAAAGAAUGUGAAGAGUGAAAUUAAUGAAAGGAACGAAAAGAAUGUGAAGAGUGAAAUUAAUGAAAGGAACGAAAAGAAUGUGAAGAGUGAAGUGAAGAAGGAAGCAAAGAAUGAAAAGAACGGAAAGAACGGAAAGAACGGAGAGAACGGAAAGAACGAAAAGAUUGUGAAGAACGAAAAGAAUGAAAUAAAUAACGCCAUCAAACCAGAGAUUAAAGAAAAGCCACAGAAACCUACAAACAUCCACAAGCAGCACGUGUCACAUGUGGUCAAAACGACAGAGAGCGAAAAGCACAUCGACCGCACAAGCAAGACGGUUAUUGCCCCAUGGGCUAAAGUGACGCAGAAGAAAGUGUCGCCGGCUUUUGAUCUGGAGCAAAUCCAAAAGGAAGAGAAAGAAAAAAGCAAAAGAGAGGCAGAGCACAGAAGAGUGCUUGAGCAGGCAGAAAGAAAAGUGAGAGAAUCAUCAAAUGGAGAUGACGAGGACAACUCGUUUGAUGCAGCAGGCUCAGUUUCGCUUCCUGCCACUGCCACCUGGGGAAAUGAUACUGGGGCAGGCUCGCUGGACCAGCAGCCGGCAGAUAUAGCCAGCUGGGCGGAGAUCGAGCGGGAGGAGAUGGCGAAAGUGGAGAGGGAGAAAAAAGCCCUGAGCGCAGUGAAAAAAAUGCAGCCUGUAAAAUUCACCCCGGCCGAUUUGAGCUCCGGUGGCUCCUGGACAGUUGUCACGAGCCGCAAGCAGAAAUCAGGGGCCAAAAACUCGGCCAACGAGAUGGUGUCGAGGUCCGGCGUGCACUCGUACGCGAAGAAAUCGACCUCCACGCUCUCGCCCGAUGUUCUGCGGUCGGUUUCCGCGGGCAAGCCCGGUGUGGGUGCCACCGGGGUCUCUGCCGCAUGGACCACGGUGUCCCGGCAGUCGCGUGCGGGCUCCAGGUCUGGCUCUACCGGGGCUCCCCGUGUGGGCUCCACGCCGGGUGCGCGGUCCGCCACCAGGCUCACUCCCCAGGGCCCACCUGGCGGGGCCGCCUCCGAGUACUCUCAGGCCAGGCAGUUCUUAGCCUGGUGUCGGGCAAAGUUCGCCGGCCUCUACAGCACCGUUAACAAGGAAGAUGUCUUGUCCAUCAUGCUGCAACUACCUGCCGGCUCCGAGUCGACCGAAAUUAUUGCCGAUACCAUUUAUUCGAAUUCAUCUACCAUGGAUGGCCGCAGGUUUGCAAGCGAGUUCAACGCUCGCAGAUCCAAGGUCGAGGCCUUGUUCAACAAGCAGGGCUAUGAUUUCGACUGGCAGCAGCUUUUGAAAUCCUCUGGAUCGUCCAAUGCCGGCGAUGGCUGGGAUGCCGCUUUUACCAAGGUGACUAGAAGAAGAAGGCACUGA